CCCCGCCUCGCCUCACGGCGGCCGAUAUUGUUCUGCACUUUUUAGGUGGCACUUGGACUCUCGCCCCGGGAGGGAGACCGGUCCGCAGUCUCCAGCUGCAGAUCCGUGGACCCUCUUCACAGACGCUUCGCGCAGCCUCAGAUUGCCUUGGAUGGUGGCCUGCGUCUGACAGUCCCGUCAGCUCUUCUCAGCGCUCCUGAGGCCACAGCUGUCAGCUCCUCUGACCCUCAGCACUUGCCUGGAACGCCUGGGUUUGCCGCACCCCUUUUCAGCCCAUCUCUGUCCUGUUGUGUCAUGCCCACCCUCCCUGCUGCGCUGUCUCUUCCUUUCUUCCUCCUUCCUCUUAUAGUCGAUGUGGCAACUCCCCUCUGUUCCCAGCAUGCCUCUUGGCCGGCACCAUUGGCAGGGCCCUUGCAAUCCCAUCUGGGCAGCAGCCAAUUACACCAACGCACACCCUUGGCAGCAGAUGGACCAGGUCUCUCCUGGCGUCACAUAUGCCCCCCCCAGUGGAUCCCUGGAUUGAGCGGCCCUGCUAUGGGGACCCUGUGUGUGCACGCACAACCUUGGAGCAGAAGAGCAUGGCCAUGAGUGCUCCCGGCGGUAAGCCCACAGAAAGGGGGCCCCCGGCUCUGCACAUGCCUGGCCCAUGGCCCCCAGGGUGGACUUCCACUGGGUGCCAGUCUCGUACCCACACACCUUUGAUGGCUCCCCAGGGCUUCUGGACCGAUAUGUCCUUUUGCUUUGAGCACUAUCAGGACAACCUCACCUGCAUCUUCGAGAUCCUAGGGCAACUGAUGGACUGAGCCAGGUGUGGGCAGCCCCCUUUGUCGAUGGGGACGUGCCCCUUCCUGACGAUUAUGAGCUCUUCUGCCAGGAUUUCAAGGAAGUUGUUCAAGACCCGAACAGUUUCACUGAGUACCGUGCUGUAGCACCUUGCUUCCUGCCUCGAGCCAGCCACCAGUGGCCCCUGGAGCUGCCUGUGGUGAAGCAGUACUUAGCUAAGUACUCAGAGGCCCUGGCACUCAACAUGGGUGCUGUCCCAGUUGCUGUGACCACCCCUGCUGUUUGUAGUUCCAACUCUACAUCCAGAAAUACUCUCCCUGAACAGCAGUGGGCCAAGGAGAACAGCCCUGGGUCUGUGGAAUCCCCCACCUUGUCUACUUUGGCAUGCAGCACUGAUCCUGGUCCUGUGGGGCCAACCUCGUCCCAGCCAGGGGAGGUGACCGCUACAUCUGUCCCUGUACUUUCAGGAUCUGCUAACCCGCCUGCUCAGAAACCAGAUCCAGUUCCACCAGGGGGUCCAGAACCCCAGAAGACAGAGGAGGAGGUUUCUAAGACAGAGGUGACUGCACCCCCACCCAGUAUGGCAGCCUCCCCGCUCCCACCGCCAGACCCCCAGUUUGUCCUCCGAGGUACCCAGUCGGCGGUGCAUGCGCUGCAUUUCUUCGGAGGAGCCCAAGGACAGGGGCGCCCACUCCUCCUCUCAGGGUCCCUGAGCGGGCUGGUGCACAUCUGGAGCCUGCAGACGCGGAGGGCGGUUGCUACGCUGGACGGCCAUGGGGGCCAGUGUGUGACCUGGCUGCAGACACUGCCCCAGGGGCACCGGCUCCUCAGUCAGGGCCGGGACCUGAAGCUGCGCCUAUGGGACCUGGCAGAGGGCAGAAAUGCCAUCGUGGACUCUGUGCCCCUGGAGAGCAUGGGCUUCUGCAGGAGCUCCGUCCUAGCCGGGGGUCAGGAGCGCUGGAUGCUGGCCAUGCCAGGGAGAGGUAAUGACGAGGUUCAGAUUCUGGAGAUGCCAUCCAAGACGUCAGUGUGCACCCUGAAGCCGGAGGCAGAUGCCAAGCCGGGCAUGCCCAUGUGCCUGGAGCUGUGGCAGGCCGACUCCAGUGCCCGCCCACUCCUCCUGGCUGGCUAUGAGGACGGAUCGGUGGCCCUGUGGGACGUCUCUGAGCGGAAGGUGUGCAGCCGCGUCGCCUGCCACACGGAGCCCGUCAUGGGCUUUGACUUUGACUCCCAGAAGGCCAGGGGCGUCUCGGGCUCCGCGGAGAAGGCGCUGGCUGUCUGGAGCCUGGAUGAGCAGCAGGCCCUGCAGGUAUGCAGAACUCAUGAACUCACCAAUCCUGGGAUCGCUGAUGUCAAGAUCCGGCCAGACCGCAAGAUCCUGGUCACUGCGGGCUGGGACCAUCGUGUCCGUGUGUUUCACUGGUGGACGAUGAAGCCACUGGCCGUACUGUCCUUCCACAGCGCCACCGUCCACUGCGUUGCCUUUGCCACUGAUGGCUUAUUGGCCGCAGGGUCCGGGGAUCAGCGCAUUAGCAUCUGGUCGCUCUACCCGAUCCGCAGCAAUGCGUCCACUCCCUCGUUGGGACAUGCAGAGGGCAGGGAGGUGGGCACCCAGACUUUGGCCUAACCCAGGCAUGUGGAAACCGUGCAUCGGGACCCCUGAGGACAGCCAGUCGCGGUUCUCCUCCUCCAGUUACAAGAGGGGCUUGGUCCAUGGAGUCGUUUUCUGCACAGGCUUGUGUUUCCUUUUGUGAAAUACAGCAUCUGUAUGACAGUGA